CAUCAGGAACUAGACGUUCCUUCAGAUUCUCACAGAUGCGGAGCACCAAUGUAAAGAAGUGAGAUGUCAGCUGUCUCAGAGAUGGAUCCUCAGGACUCAAACCUCACCUGCAUCAUUUGUUUUGAGCGUUUCCGGAUCCCCGUCACCAUCCCCUGCGGACACACCUUCUGCCAGGAGUGCAUCACCAAGCUCUGGGACACCAAGAGCAAAGCAGAAAUCGGGCCUCAGUGUCCGCUUUGCCAGCAGGAGUUCCCCGUCCGUCCCGACCUGAAGAGAAACGUCUCCAUGUCGGAGUUAACGGAGGCAGCAAACACCUCCUCCUCCUCCAGCAGGGAGGUGCUGGUGAGGGGGGGAGACGGGGGGAGAGCCAUGCCGCUGUGCGACCGACAUAAAAAGCCUAUGGUUUAUUACUGCCGCCAGGACAAGAUGUCCGUGUGCUGCGUGUGCGCCAUCUCCGAGUGUGCCCAACACAAGAUGGUGAUGCUGGAGACAGAGAGGGAAAGUCAAGAGAUGCUGCUGGAGAGGAAGAGUAAGGAGGUGGAAAAGCUCACAAAGGAGACGCAGAAAAAUAUAAGCGACCUGUCGAAUAAUAUCAGUAACGCUAAGGUAAGCAUAGUGACAUCACCAUGUAAUAUUCCUGCUUCUAUAUACAAGUAUGAACCUGAAAACGAGUGUGAUAGGGCCCCUUUAAAGCAACUGUACCUUCAUUUCUUUACAUUGCAAAGCUGCAGCUGAAAGUAGAUUUUAACGCCCUUUUUUCACGU